ACCUGUUGCGUACAUAGCACAAAUUUGUUUCCGGAUGCUCGUGUACUUUAUAUAGGGUGUUUCGUACGCUGCGAUAUGACGGCUCCGAAGUUUAACUUGAUGUUGAUGAUAAGACCGAACAAUUGACGAUACGCCCGUCACAGCAAAAAGUAAGAAGGCACAAUCAAGAAAACAUUUUGUUGCGGUAACAGUAACGAGAAGAAAACUUCAACAGCGGCGGGUUUCCAUCUCCUUCGGGUCGUUCUCGGUAACUUUCACUGUCGAGCGGUUCAUUGUCGUUCGAGUUCUUGACGCGACGAUGACCGCGAAACGAAAACGCGAGGCUUGAUCGCGUUUUCCGUAAUAUCGACUCCGAGAAAAGUCUUCGAAGACCUCACGAUGAAGCACUCGUGGCUGGCGAAGCAAAUCAGACUCUGGGUGGCCCAAGAAAGCAACGAGGACGAUCCGAAAAAUGCGAUCUUGGCCCAAAUACUGACGCCGUGUUUUAAACAGAAUCUAGCGGCCUCCGGGCCUCUACUCCUCACCGUUGGCACCGGCGUCACGGUGGGCUACUCGGCCGUUCUGCUGCCGCAGCUUCAAACUAAAAAUGGCGGCAUCCCCAUUGACAAAGAUCAAGAAUCUUGGGUAGCGGCGAUGGCCGCCCUGCCGAUGGCUUUGGGCACUCUCCUCGGCGGUCUGCUCACCGAAAAAUACGGCCGAAGAUUCACCCACGUCUCGACUUGUCUUCCGACUUUCGCUGGCUGGAUAAUCAUCUACUGCGCGCGCAACGUGGACAUGCUGCUGGUCGGUAGGUUCCUUACGGGUUUGAACGCCGGCAUCUUGGCACCCGCCACCGGGGUUUAUAUCGGCGAAACGUCGGAACCCAGAUACAGGGGAUUCUUGCUCGGCGGAAUAUCCUUAGCGAUAUCCGUAGGUCUCCUACUAGUUCACGUGCUGGGGACGUUCCUCCAUUGGAAAACUGCUGCUUCCGUAUGCAGCACGAUCCCGAUCCUCGGCUGGCUGCUGAUGCUACCCACUCCAGAGUCGCCGCCGUGGCUAGCGAAGAAGGGUUGCUCCGCCGGAGCCGAAACAUCGUUCCGUUGGCUCCGGGGCGGCUCGGAAGAGUCCCAACGCGAGCUCGACAUCAUGCUGACAAAUCAGAAAAACCACGUCGAGCGAAACCUCACGCCCAAGAGCUUCUUGGUGCCGGAGUUCCUCAAACCUCUUGGAAUACUAACCAUGUUGUUGGUCGUGAGUCAGUGGUCGGGCAUCAACGCCGUGAACUUCUAUUCGGUGUCGCUGAUGAAGACUGCCGCGGGGCCCGGGAUCGACGAAUACCUAGCCACCGUCUUCAUAGACGUGGUGAGAGUGGCAGCUUCCGUGGUGGCCUGUCUGCUGAUAAGAAAAUUCGACAGACGACGGCUGGCGGUUUUCGGAAGCUUAGGCACCAGCAUCGCGUUGUUCAUGCUGACCGCUCACAUCUACCUCGCGAGGUUCCUCCGGCAGUCUUCUUCAACGCUCUUCUUCGUGCCCGUGGUGGCGUUGGCGUUGUAUAUAUCGUUCGUAGCGGUCGCCUAUGUGGCCCUACCUUGGACCCUCCUGGGGGAGCUAUUGCCCUUAACCAACAGAAGCGUCGGCAGUGCUGUAGCUUCGUGUGCUGCUUUCUUAGCGAUGUUCAGUGUGGUGAAAACGAUGCCCGGGAUGUUCGACCUCCUCGGUGCGGACGGUACGUUCUUGGUGUACGGAGUGAUCGCGUUUUUGGGUGUGGGUUUCGUUUACUUGGUCCUGCCAGAAACCAGAGGUCGUACUUUGAGCGAAAUCGAAGUUUAUUUUAAGGGCGGCGCGACAGAAUACGCCGAAUCGGCAGCUUGACGCGUGGGGUUUCGCGAAAUAAAAGACUUUAGUAGGUUUUUGUUUUUUUAUUACCACCUCAAA